AUGGGAGAGAAAUACAAGCUAUCAUCAUUAGGAAGUGAUGACAAGGUUCGAAGUGUUGCAUUUACUAAUGAGUCUGAAAUAACAAUAGGGAGUGGGCUUGAUUCAGAUGUAAGGCUGCAGCAGCCGUCUAUUGAGGAAAGGCACGUGCUUGUGUAUUUUGACCAUAUGAAGAUCCGGGUGCUUGGAAACAAUGUAUUUUUGAAUGAGGAAGCUCUUGAGAAGGAAUCGAUGUAUGGAUUCCGAUUUGGAGAUGUGGUGAAGAUAAACAGGUAUAAGUUUGUGUUUUCUCUGACUGAGCCUGGAGAUUUUGUUGAUGAGGAUAAGAUUAUUAGAAGGCCAACGAUGGAACUCAGUUACCUGAAUCGGGAAGGGGAGGAGAAGAAAGAUCUUUCUGAGGGUGGAAAAAGAAUAAAGAUUUCGAAUUCAGGGGAAGAGAAGGGAGACGGAAUUGGAGAUGCGGUUGUUUCUAUUGCACUUAACAAGGUUACCGGAGUAAAUGUUUCUCUGUGUGGAGAGGAAGUUGAGAAUGUGUCUUCUGUGAAGCAGGUGAUUGAGGAACAGAAGGAGGUGCUUAAGAAAGAAAUCAAGGAGUCGAUUGAGACGUCCAUGGUUGACACGCCUGUUCUUCCGUCGAUGGGAAAGAAGAAUUCCAGGGAUCUUGGAGAGGUGAUGAUAAAGAAGGAGAUUCUAGAUAGUGCUGAGAAGGUUGUUGAAGAGAAGAUGAAAGAAGAGCAUGCAGCAAUAGAUGAGGAACUUGAUGAGCUGAAACAGAAUGUUAAAGACAAUAUCAAGGAGGAGUUAAAAGAAGACCUGAAAAGGGACUUUAUGGAAGAUGUCAAGGAAGACAUUAGAGAUGAAGUCAAGGAGGUCUUAUCUUCGAGUGACAUGAAGAAUGCUAUUGCUACCGAUGUGAUGAGUAGGAUUGAAGGAGAGAAGGAGGAGCCCGAUGAAGAAGGAGACGAUAAGAGAAGAGAAGAGAAGCGGGAGAAGGGAGACGAAGAAGCAAAUGAGAGGCCUGGAGGGCGAAGAAGAAGAUCGAGUGCAAUGAGACUUUUACCACAGGACGAUGGAGAAGUGGGCGGAGUAAAGACACUUAGGAAAGCUUCCGUCAGAAGCAAGAAGCGUGCGUCUGAGGCACCCAAGGAAACAAAUAAAAGAAGAAAGGGAGGGAAGAAGGAAGAGGAGAAGACAAGGGACGGAGAGACUGAGAAAAGUAACAAGGAUGAUGAAGAAUAA